AUGGUACGUGUGGAUUUAUCGAAAUUAAUACAGCUACAAACGAACGCUAGCCAGGUGCGAAACAUCUGCAUUCUGGCACAUGUGGAUCAUGGCAAGACGACACUUGCCGAUAGUUUGAUUGCAAGCAAUGGCAUCAUUUCCACGCGCUUGGCCGGAAAAUUACGCUACAUGGAUAGCCGGCCCGAUGAACAGGAGCGACAAAUCACCAUGAAAAGCAGUAGUAUCGCGCUGUACUUUCGGAACGAAUCAAACGAGAACAAUACCACCGACGAAUAUUUGGUAAAUUUGAUCGAUUCACCAGGGCACGUGGAUUUUAGUAGCGAAGUUUCGACCGCCAUUCGGCUGUGUGAUGGAGCCAUCAUCGUUGUUGAUGUGGUUGAGGGCGUUUGUCCCCAGACCCGUGUAUGUUUGCAGCAGGCGUACAACGAGCAAUUGUCGACCGUUUUGUUGUUGAACAAAGUCGAUCGUUUGGUGCUGGAAAAGCGUCUCGAACCGGCAGAAGCGUACCAGCAUCUGGCGCGGGUGCUGGAGCAGGUUAAUGCCGUGGUGGGAAACCUUUUCGCGACGGAUGUUUUUGCAAGGGAGCAAAUUAGUACCGCAGUCGAUCAAACAUCCGCCCUGGAGGAGGCGGACGAUUCCUUUCUGUACUAUUCACCCCAGCAGGGCAACGUACUGUUCGGAUCGGCUCUCGACGGAUGGGCAUUCGAUUUGGCAACCUUUGCCCGGCUAUACCAGGGAAAGCUGGAAGGUGUAACGGACAGUGGAGCCCUGUUGAACGCGUUGUGGGGUGACUAUUUUUAUUCUCCCCGUAAAAAAGCGAUCGAAUCUGGUGCAACCGAAAAAGGCCGUAAACCACUCUUCGUACAGCUGGUUCUAGAGAAUCUGUGGAAUAUUUACGCGCUGGUAGAAAAUCGAGACGAAGCCAAACUACGUGCCAUCUCGGAACGUUGCGGCGUGGUACAGAAUGGGCGCGAUUUGCGGCACGCUGAUGGACGAAUUCCCGUACGGAAUCUGCUCUCCGGGUGGUUGCCAAUGGAACGAUCACUGCUGGGGGCGGUUUGUCGUUCGGUUCCCAACCCAAGCGGUAUUAGUGAGAUGAAGGCUGAAAAGCUACUGUGCUCUAGGUUGGCCGAUUUCGGAUCUUAUCCACCGGAAACCCAAGUACUAAAGCAGGACAUUAUGCAUUGCGCUGCGGACAGUGAACGGUUGAUUGUGUUCGUUUCAAAAAUGUUUCCCAUCGAGCAUGGAUCUCUGGCCGCAGCUAAGGACACGUUGGAACGGUUAACGAAGGCUCUUUCCUUAAGCGAUGGAAGGGAAGCUGAUGAUGAGCACGAUGGAGCAACGGAGAUAUUUCUUGCCUUCGCUAGAGUAUACAGUGGGACACUUAGGAAAGGAUCUCGUGUGUUUGUCAUUGGACCGAAGUAUGACCCACGGACGAUGCACUCGAACGAUAGUGAUGCUAUAAAUCCGCACCUUGUCGAGAUCGAGGUUGAUAGUCUCUUUCUGCUGAUGGGACGGCAGCUAGAACCGGUUGAUUUGGUCCCGGCUGGCAAUAUAGUCGGAAUAGGAGGUUUGCAAAACGUGGUCCUGAAGACGGCGACACUCAGCAACACGCGGUUCUGUCCACCGUUUGUCGAUCUUCCCUUGAUAGCGACACCGAUCCUGCGAGUUGCCGUUGAACCGAAGGAUAUUCAAAAAAUGCCUCAACUUGUACGUGGACUAAAGCUUCUCAAUCAAGCCGAUGCGUGUGUCGAGGUGCGUGUUCAAGAGAGUGGCGAACACGUCCUACUGACCCUAGGUGAAGUACACCUGGAACGGUGCAUAAAGGAUCUGCAGGAAACGUACGCCAAGAUAAAGCUAAACGUAUCGAAACCGAUCGUACCGUUCAAGGAAACAAUUGUGCCGUUCGUGCCAACUUCGGAGGAUAACCCGGAGGAAGAAAUAGCGAAGGACAGAGAGAAAGAUAAAACCGUUACCCUUCAGACGCCAAAUCGUCAAUGUACAAUAAAACUAGUAGCGAUGCCAAUUUCACACGAGGUGGUGGAUCUGCUAAACGCUAACGAAUCGGUGCUGAAAGCGUACGUUAGAGCACACGAAGUUAAACAAAAUCUUCCACAAGCGCUGCAGGAUUCAAUCCGUGAGCUCAGAUCAAAUCUGAUAAAACAUUUACCCGAAACGGUUCCGUUCGAUCGCAUUUGGUCCUUAGGGCCGAAGAAAUGUGGUACUAAUCUGCUGAUUAAUUGUACCGAUUUCAAGCACACUUCCGUGUGGUACGGAAAUGAGGCAGACGAACGACAAACAGAUGAUCCGCGGACUCAGUACGAGUCGUCAUUUUUGAACGGGUUCCAGAUGGCAUCCUUAGCCGGACCAUUGUGCGAUGAACCGAUGCAAGGUGUUUGCUUUUUAGUCGAACGCUGGGAGGUUGAUGUAACGAUUGGGGUGGAUCUUGCGUCUGUUGCUUCUCACGGACCACUCUCGGGACAAAUCAUGUCAGCGGUUAAGGAGGGAUGUAAAAAGGCUUUCCAAAAUCAACCCCAGCGGCUGGUUCAUCCAAUGUACAGUUGCAAUAUAACCGUAAAAUCGGACGUACUCGGCAAAUUGUACGCGGUGAUUGGACGGCGACAUGGCCGCAUCCAGUCGGCGGAUCUGAUUGAAGGCAGCGGCCAGUUUGAUGUGACGGCCGUCAUCCCGGUGAUUGAGUCGUUCAAUUUUGCGACCGAAAUACGGAAGCAAACGUCCGGUCUGGCGAUGCCCCAGCUCGUGUUCAGCCACUGGGAAACGGUCGAUAUCGAUCCGCACUGGGUACCGUCGACGGAGGAGGAGUACCUGCAGUACGGCGAGAAGGCAGACUUCACGAAUGUGGCCCGCGUGUACAUGGAUGCAAUACGCGAACGUAAAGGUUUAGCGGUGGAACGGAAGCUGGUCGAGUUUGCCGAGAAGCAGCGUACACUAUCGAAGAAUAAGUAG